AUGUGGGCAGAUCAACAGCCGGUGGAUAGCCAGCCGCUGCCUAUCGCAGCCGAGGUAUUCGCUGGAAGUCUCUACGGAACAGACGAAGCAUCAGAUGACGUGUCCAGCAUUCGGAGCUUUCUGGGGUUGAGCCUACCAAUUCCUCGAAGUGAGGGCUGGAACAAGUUGUUUGAGCAAAAUAUUAUCGACACGGAUGGCUUCGUAAAGCGCCAGCACCGCGCGCGCGUCGCGAAGGAAGAUGCAGCUUUGGUGCGCCAGGCUUCACCCUUUGCCAAGAGUCCUGUGAGCGAAGUGCGGCAAUUGUAUGAAGCACGGCAGCUGGGCGCUGCUCUUCUUUAUGCUCCGGUAGCGCGGCUGCUCGGAGUGUACUGA